CCCAGCCCGGGACACCCACACCGCUGACUGAGAAGUCGUUCGGACCUGGGGGUUUUGUUCGCAGACGAGCGCUGAAGCCAUGAUGAUCACCGCGCUGUAAUGCUGCCCUGCUGCUGGGCUCUGGUCUCACCAGCUCAUUCAUCCUCCCCAUCAGCAGCAGUGCAGUGCUAUGGAUCCAUAAGCUAAACAAGCCGCUGCGCUCCUGUCAUCCUACCUGCUCACGGCACCAUCCGCAGCUCCCAGCCGCUCACAUCAGCACCGAGAGAGAGCCUUUAAUAAACCGGAUUAUAGCCGCAAGGCGACGCGAGGAGGCGCGGAGGUGGAAUUAUGAAGCGCUGGCGCCAUGUCUAAGGCUACGGUCAAGAAGCUACACUGGCGCUCCAAAGUUCAGGAGAGCUUUGUCCCUCUGGGCGGAGCCUCAGGGGAGCUAGGUGUGGCCAUCGGGGGUGGUGCCGACUAUGGUGAGUUUCCGUUCGUCACAGCUGCCCCUGGAGGUGGCGCCACAGUGGGAGAUAUCAUUCUGGAGAUUGGCGGCACUCCUGUCCUGGGAAUGACUCUGGGAGACGUCAGAGGGGUUCUGAAUUCGUGUCCUCAUCCCAUUCGCAUCAAAACCGUCUCACCAGGCUCCACUCUGUGUAAAGACCUGAGGUUAUAUCUGAGCAAGUGCUUUACACCUGGAUCCAUGGACAGCCAGCUGCAGCAGGUCAUACGGGAGAACCUUUACCUUCGGGCGGUACCCUGUACCACCAGACAGCCACGGGAUGGGGAGAUCUCUGGAGUGGACUACAACUUUGUCUCCAUUGAGGAGUUCUUUUCAUUAGAAGAGUCAGGAGCUCUGUUAGAGAGCGGCAAGUUCAAAGGGAACUACUACGGUACACCACGGCCGGUCCACAUUGGGCCUGAUAGCCCUCCUAUCACCUACCAAGAGCACCGCAACCUGCUGAGAAAUUUCCGCACACGCAGCAAGUCCCUUAGCAACCUUGAGAAAGCCGUAGAGGAGGGGGACAACAGUGAGGAAGACUCGGGUCUCUCAGCAGGAUCUGCAGGGGCGAGCAGUGCCCCUCCUACUACUAUUGUUUCACCCAAUCAGACGUGGGACCCCAGUGGGGCUCGGGAUGGUGUUCCAUUGGAAAAUGGUGCCCGUGGUGGGACGUUGCCAGAAAACUGGGAGAUGGCAUUUAGUGACUCAGGAGAACCCUACUACAUUAAUCAUAACUCAAAGAUGACAAGCUGGCUGGACCCACGGACUCACAACAAAGAGGUGUUGAGCAAGACAGAGCUGCCUCCAUUUACAGAUCAGCCAGCUGACUUGAAGGGCUAUUCCAUACACACGCGCCUAUCCAAAGGGCCACGAGGUUUCGGCUUUAACAUUGUGGGGGGCAGCAGACCCAGAGAAUUCCUCCAGGUGUACAGCGUCACCCCGGGAGGCCCACCUGCACUAAACACAGCGGAUAUUCUGGUCUACAUCAAUGACACAUGUGUGCUGGGUAUGUCCCAUAAGGAGGUGGUGGAGAUCUUAAAGGGUGUGCCCAUGAACCACAGUGUUGAUGUGGUGGUGCGUAGAGGUUAUCCAAUGCUUUACAACCCUGAUGGCUGCCCCAAGACAAGCCUUUCCUCGAAUACUGACUCUACACCAGGUUCUGCCCAGGCUCCACUCCCCAACCUUAAUCGCACCACUUCACUACACAACGGUUUCUACCCCCGCAUGCACAAAGAGCCUUUGGACACAAAUGGUAAUGCAGCACCCCCACCUACCUACCAGAUACCCAAUGGAAAUGUAGUGGAUGGAACUGUAGGGUUGACAGGCAUCGUCCCAAACACGCAAACUGGACGAUCGGAGAGACUGAGCUCCAGCCACAGUGAUACUGAGGUCUGCGCUGUGGUUACACGCAGAGCCUCGCUCAUCCGCAGCUACAACAACAAGACCCUCCCGGCCCCUACUCUGGCCCACCAGAGCUCCAAGUCUUCCGAAAGCGAUCUAUCCAGCGGUGCCCUUCCUUUGCCGCAGCCCGAGGUCGGAGCUGCACCCAUGCCACCGGGCGCCCCCAGCGCCCAACGCCCACACGUGCCCCCAACCGAGCUACCACCCUGUGGCUUCAAUGGCUGCCCAGCCAGCAAUCCUCCUAGGCCCGCCCCAGGCGUCCCUGGAUUCCCUGGGGCCGGCACAGGUGGCGAACUGGUGCCAGUCGCUGUGGGGCGAAGCGAGGGAGGGGGCAUGGGCUUCAGCGUGACGGCAGGCGGGCAGGGCGGGCAGUUGGCGCUGAUCAAGAGGGUGUGGGACCGGCGCCAGUGCCCGUCCCUGCAGCCUGGUGACGCUAUCAUCAAGAUCAAUGGUGCUGACGUGCAGAGCCUCAGCUUUGCACAGGUGCAGAGAGUGUUGCAGGAACAUACUAGACAGGGUGAGGUGAUUUUAUUGGUUUACAGAGGAGGAAAUGUCUCUUCACCCGUCUCCCCAAACUCAUACAACAGUGUUCCUCAGACGCAGGGUCCUCCAGAUUUAACCUCUCCUUCCUCAGAUGGCCCCAUCACCAGCCAAAGCACCCUCUCCCCCCAGUCACCUUCCACUGACAUCACUUCUCUGAUCCAAAGCACCAGCUUUCUGGACUCUGUGCCUGUCACGUUAACCAUGGAACCGCGGGACUGGAUGGGGAUGGAGGACGGUGCCAUGCAGGGUCCUCGGCAGCCGUCCACCAACGCUCUAGGAGCCGUGUCCAAAACACAGCACGAGGGGAGAGUAGGAGCACCAUCCAAAUCCUUAGAAGUGGAGCUCAGAAGAAGGACCGGAGAGGGCUUCGGCUUUAUCAUUGCCACCCAGGACAUUUCGAAUGGAUCAUCGUCGCUGUUCUCUCAUAGGUUUGUGACGGUGCGAAGGGGAAGUCCAGCAGCACGGAGUGGUCAGAUCCAGCAAGGUGAUCAGCUGGAAGCAGUGGAAGGUCGUUCAGUGGUCACCCUGCCUCACAGAGACCUGGCUCAAAUCCUGAGACGAGCAGGAAACACACUCCGCCUCACCAUCACACCGAGAUCCAACGCCAAUGCUUCUAACCUGGCAGAAUACACAGACUUUGAUGCAGAGAGCAAAUUAAGAAAGGGCCACAUAACAAGACAGAAGGACCCUCGGCACUAUAGUGUGGAUCUGGAGAGGGGUCCAACAGGCUUUGGCUUUAGUCUGAGAGGAGGGAGUGAAUACAACAUGGGACUCUAUGUGCUGGGACUGAUGGAGGGUGGACCGGCAUCUCGGAGCCAGAAGAUACAGGUGAGCGAUCAACUGGUGGAGAUUAAUGGUGACGGUACAGUCGGCAUGACGCACAGCCAGGCUGUGGAACAGAUCCGUAAAGGAGGACACCGCAUCCACCUCAUUCUUAAGAGAGGAAACGGAUAUGUACCAGACUACGACCAUGAAGAUGGAGCGGCCUCCCCCUCCUCCCUCUGCCAUGAGGAGCAAGCUGAAACUGGAGUUGCUUUCUCCAUGCCUAAAAGCAUCGAGAAAGAGGUGAAAAAAGCAUCCAAGAGGCGAGAGGAGCAAAUGAAAGGAGCGAGCGGCCGAGAGAGGGCAGAGGAGGAGAGGCGGGGCACUCCUGAUACCGAGCAGGCUUUGGCUGACAUGGCUAGCAUCACAGCAAGCUCCCACUCGGAGAGGAAGCGAGAGAGAGAGAAACCAACUCAGAGUUCAACCAAAAAGGCUCCUAGGGGUACAGAGGGAGGGGAAGAGGGUGUGCAGAGAAGAGAGAGGAGGGAGAGGGACAAGGAACAAGGAAGGGACAAGAGAAGGGGUUCAGGGGGCAGAAGGAGCAGCGGGAAAGGUGGAGAGGAAAGGAAGUUAGAGCAGGAAGGCCAACAGUCAGAGGCAAUCGUUAGGAAACGCAGAGAUGAAAAGAGGGAAAGGAAAAAGUCUGAAAAGAGGGAAGACCUCAACGUUGAUCUUGCCAAGGGCUCAGAAGAGUUGUCAGGGGGCAGGCAGAGAGCACCGUUUUCCUUCCUCAUGCCUCUGGAUGAUGGCAACCUUUCCGAUGCUGAAUCUGCGCUCAGCUUCUCCGAGGUCAGCAUCUCUGCGGCUAGCAUAUCCUUUGUAGGGACGCAGUGGCCCUUUGACUCCAGCAACUCCCAGGAGGUCCCUGCAACCCCAAAUCUGUCCCCAGGUCCCUGGCUUGUCCCCAGUCCCCGCAAACUCUCUCAGGUCUUGGAUGAUAGCAGGUUGAGCCAGUGUAAAGGAGGCCUGUGGUUCUGAAUUCCCUCUCCAAACUCUCUUUUCUCACACACUCUCUUAAACCACAAGCAUCAUCUUAUUACAACUUCAACUUCCUGUGUUUUCAUUGUCAAGAAAUUUAAAGAAUUGCCACAGUCCCGGAGGUAUGCAGUCCAGACAAACUGAAAUGAUGUGUUAGUGCCACCCAGAGGCCUCUGAAGGAAACGAAGAGAGCAUGUUGUCUUGAUGCAAUUCUUCUGAUUGGUUGCAAGGCAAGUUCAUGUGUGUAUGUAGUCAUAAUCUUUGCAGCAUGUAUCGUUAUUUUCUUUCAGAUUUUUUGACAUUAUUUUGAUAUUUUCUUUUCUUAUGAAUGCAUCAAGAUUCUAUUACAGAACUAGAGGAAGAUUUAUUUAAAAUCUGUAUUCGCUGCUUGCUUUUCUGCGAUCAGACUGUAACCCUCUUUCCCGCUAUGUGCAUCGGUUAAGCUGUCCUUGCUGGGGAAAAGGACGGGGAAAGAACUGUUUUAUUACGGGGCUAGUGAGCCAUCUCAGACUUCUCCAGGUGCCUUCUGCUUCUUUAGCUGGUGUUUACCAAAAAAGAAAAAAAAAGAGACAGAAUUAAAGAAUUAAACAGAGAAAAGAUUAAAUAACGUAGCGAAGUAGAGAGUGUGCAAUUGAGCAUUCUUCUGCCUCUUGAACUAUACGCCUUUGCAGAACUCAGUACACAAGACAGAGGAAAAUAGUGCACACAUUCUGCAACCAGUCAGCGAGUCAUUACAAGUGCCUCAUGUGAUAUUCCUUUACGUCAAACACUAGACUUCUCCUAAGACGUCUGUGUGAAUUCAGGACUCCAGAGUUUUGCUUUUACAUGUCAUGCUUAUAUUUGUGUUUGAGUUUAGAUUCACUGUUUUAAAGCCAUUUCAGAUUCCCCAAACAUUUGCAGAAAAAAAAGGAAAAUUCAAAUGAAGGCCAAUAUGAUUCAACCCUCUUAGCCCUCCUCUAUUCCACCUUAGCCACUUUAGCUUCAUGUCAAUCCCUCGUUUCAGGAGAUUAUAAAAAGGGCAUUUUGAUACUGGUCUUCUAUGCAUUUUGUAAGACUUACUGAUCAAAAAUGCGGUGGUGUUUUUUUAUUUAUUUUGCCAGGCCAAGAUUGGUAUUAUUGUGUAAUCUUUAAGCGCAGACAAGUUGCUGGAAUGUAAAUGACAUGGAACAAAAGCGAACUGGUCACCUAGAAUCAGACCUGCUGCAACACCAGCUUAUGCAUCGCUCUUUACCUCUGACUGUCUUAGCAAUAAGAGGCCAUCUCCCUGUUUUCUGUUUCAGUAUACACGUCGUAGCUUUAUCCCAGAACCUCCCUACAGAGCAGUAUUUAACAUAGAAAUACAGCAGACAAAAAGAAGUAUGUCUUAAUACAUUUGUAAGAUACAGUUGCAAAAAAAGAUCUGUGAACCCUUUGAAGUUACUUUGAUUUUUGCAUUGACUGGACUUGAAACAAUUGCCUGGACUUUAAGUUAUAAUACACAAACAAGUGUACCUUUAAUGUCUUUCUUAAACAAGUAUUCAUGUUUGAUGUUGUUAUCCUUCUUGAAAGAUGGGAGACAAAACAAAGGAUUAAGGACCCACCUGUGACUCUUUAUUAAAAGCUAAUACAGACAAAACCAUCGGAUGAACUCAAAACAAAUGAAUAAAGAGUGCAGCAAUAACCAGACAACAACAUCAAAACAAGAUCCAAAGCCAAGUUAGUAAACACAGUCUGAGUUAUGCUGAAGAUUCUAGGCUGCCAAAACACUUAAUGCUGUAUAGAACUUACCCAGCUUGUCAAUACUACUCUUACUUGUCAAUAAUCAAAUUUAAGCUACAACACCCUUUAGUCUGUGACCAGGAAAGUGAUUAAUGUCAUCUUUUUAAGAUAUCUGAGUUUUCUAGAUGUGUGCUUAGGAAUGAAGGAACUAGUAGGUAGAAGCCUUGUACAACAAGGAAAGAUCUCACUCACUCACCUUCUUAACCGCUUAUCCAAUUAGGGUCACGCGCACAGGGGGGGGUGCUGGAUCCUAUCCCAGCUUUUCAAUGGGCGCAAGGCACACAGUAACACCCUGGACGGGGCACCAGUCCAUCGCAGGGCAGACAGACAUACACACACACAUACACACCCAUUCACCUAUAGGGCAAUUUAGUGUCUCCAAUUAACCUGACUGCAUGUUUUUUGGACUGUGGGAGGAAACCGGAGUUCCCGGAGGAAAAGCACGCAGACACGAAGAGAACAUGCAAACUCCGCACAGAAGGGACCCGGACCGACCCGCCUCGUGAUCGAACCCAGGACCUUCUUGCUGUGAGGCCACCCAAGGAAAGAUCUGUGUACCUUAAAUUAUUUUUUUUUUUUACUGUAGGUAGGCUAAGGUUUAACAAACUUUCUGUUUUCACCCUGACAGGCAUUAGUCGCUUGCAUAGUGGUACAACAGAUGGUGUAAAUGUAGAUGCUUUUACCAGUUUAUAUAACACUUUAUUUCAUUUUUUUACAGUACUAAUUAGUCUCUUUUAAGUGACAUUUAUACAAAGUGAUGCUUUAGUGAGGUCUUCUCAUUCCAUGUAUCUUCAGUAUUCAGUCCUGUGUCAUUUUUUAAAUAUUUGGAUCUUGGAGAGGAACUAGAAAUUAAGGAAAGGGGAGAGGGAAAAAGAGAGAGAGAGAAAUAAAUGAUCAAAAAUUAUGUUCAGAUGUUGCCCAAAAAUUCAGGCAAGGCUGCUUUUGCAACUUGUAUUUAUUACACGUCUUUAGUAGCAGUGAUGUUACUGGUAUCUUUGGAUAAGACAGUGAGGGAAGUUUUAAACCGUGUUAACCAUGCUUUUUCUUGAUUUUUCCACCCGACAGUAUAUAGUGUAGACAGUAGUUAGAGAAGUAGCAGAACAGCUGGAUAAUUAGGAAAAAGAUAACUAAAGGUGAAGGCAUUUGCAGCGUGGCAUGACUGGCCAUGCCUCCACCACACUUUUGUUUUUGCAGUUUUAAGGUUUAGGUAAACCAUGGGACAGCUGGGAUGCUGUUUUUUGGUGUUAGUAUGCAUUUUUUUUUUCUCUAAAUGUUGCAUUUCAGCAAAAAGGUCCAUUUUUGUCCCAGUCGUUUACAGAGCAUAGUCUCUGUAGAGAACAGUGGUUUUGUUAUUGUUCCUCUCCCAUUAACAGUGAAAAAUACACCUACUCUUUUUGUAAUCUUUGCGAGAUACCCGCGAGAUACCCAUCUCAGAGAAAUGAGCAAGAGCAGAGAAUUUCUAUUACUAAAUUUAGACAAAUUGUAGUUUUGUGGAUUGAUUAGUAGGUUAAUAAGCAAGUAUUAGUUUAAAGCAUCCAUACAAUGUAUCCAGAAUCCAAAGUCCUUUGAAAUUCAGCUGGGGAAAAUGCUUUAUAUGAACAGAUAUUUUCCAAGUGUAGAUUCAGAUGUUCAACCCACUUCAACACACACCUCCAGUCUCACCUAUUUAUUGAAACAAAGCAUGAAAAUACAUGAAAUUACAAUUAUUUGUAUUGUUUAUCUAUCGUUAAGACUCGGUUAUAUAUUCAUGUUAUAUAUUCAUAACGUGACAAUUUAAUGAAUAAUUCUGGGCAUAAAUUUAAGUAAUAACAAAUGGUUUACAAACUUUUUUUGCAACUGCAUUAAUAUCACUGGUAAAUGCUUAUGCAAGAUGUACCACCCAUUAAUAUGUAACAGCAUGUCAUAAGCACUUAUCUAUAUAUGUUAUAAAUAUAUAACAAAUGUAUUACGAGGAUUUUAACUAAAGUUUGAUAUUGUUUAAGUUCUCUGUCCUGAUGGAGAUUUUGUACUUGAUAUAUAAAAGGGCAAUCCUGGGGAAAAUACAUAAUUUGUUUAGAAUAAUGAUAAGCAGUGUAGGUGUUUAGUAGUAUUUUUAAUUCUAAAGAGAGGCAUUAUUGUAGCAGUAUUCAUAUAAAACAAAAGUCUUUAUACCAGAACAAUAUUCUAUUCUGAUUUGUCAGCCACCAACAUAUCAGAAACAGUAUAUGUAGCACAGAAAAUAGUAUUCUACAAGGUAUGUUUACAGUACUGUAUUAUAAUAAUAUUGUAUUACUAUAAACUGGCACAGAAAAGAUUAAGGUGCCAAUUUCUUCCAAAACAAAUAUGAAUUAAGAACAAUUAGUUUAUAAGAAGAAAAGUACUUCAAAGUUGCAUGACUGUUAGAUGUACUAUGAGCAUCACAUUAUAGAAAAGGACUAUUUACAGUCCUGACCCGAUUUUUUUAUAUUGUCCUGGCCCCUCUGUCACUGUCAUAAUGUAAUGUGGUGAAAUGUGCAAUGCUUUUUAAUGAUCCUGUUAACCAUUGAUUAGAAAACAUAGCAUGAUGGCACACUAGUGCUUUUUAUAGGCCUGAAUUAAGCAGGUUCCUUCCUUAUUAUUACCAUGGCAAAUGGUCACCUGGAGUGCCAACGUAUAAGUAUGCAAUGUGCAAGAUAAAUAGCAUGCCGGGUAAACACUAUCGGAGGUGUUGUUGAUCUUAAAAUUUAUCUCAGUCUCUUAGAUACAGUGUCUUGAUGAAGUAUUCAUACCCAACCUUUUUCUUUUGUUUCAAACUGAUUGACUAAACACUUUCAAUGUUUGAACAAAUUACUUAUUUAAUAGGUCCAAAAAGAAAGAAAAUUAUAAAUAGAUAUGUUUGGCAGUUUAUACAGGUAGCUUAGUUCAUUUUAAACAAAUAUGAUAGACCAAUUUGGGACCAUUCUGGUGGUGGUUUAAAGCACUUUUAUAUUCUCUUUAUGUGUGUUAAACAGGAAAAUGAUUGACACUUUCUGAGCCACUCAAUUACAUUAAUUGUCUUAAUUUUUAAAUCACCCUUGUGUUGCUUUGGCAGUGUGCUUUUAGUCGAUGUGUUUAAAAUGUCUUUCCUGUUUAAGCUUUAUUCCAUACUUUGUAUCAUACAUUUUUCUAUUAAUACUGACAUACUUUACAAUGAGCAUAUAUGCCACAAAUAAUGCAUAAAACACAAGCUAAAUGUUUUCAAAUCUUUAUAUUUGGUAAAACGUUUUAAUGAAAGGCUUCUUCCUUGCUAUGCCUCUGUAAAUAUCACAGAUACAUACACAACUUGAAGUAACAGUGGUCAAGUUUGGCUGUAAUUUAAUGUUUUCUCUUAAAUUCUUGAUUUUGAACUUUGGAUGUUGUUGAGUGUUGCUUUGAUUUCAUGAGAUGGUCCUAAAUCCUCCCAGAUAAAAUUUUUGAUUUGAUUUUGAUUUGUUGUGUAUGUAGUCACUACUGUACCUCAAGGUUAUUUAUUAUUGUAAUUUCAUGGAUAUGAAAGCUGAUCCACAAAAGUAUUGUUAGUUAGUACAUGAGCAAGUUUUUUGUUAGACUUUGGUCUUGGCUGUUAAUUACAUGUAAUGUAUACUUUUUUCACUGCAAAUUUAUAUGUAUUAUAUAAUAAAGUUUUUUGGGCUAAAUACUUUUUUCAAGACACUGUAAAUUCUAAGUUAAAAGUUAAGAGGUAAAACUUUGAAGAAGGAGCCAUAAUAUGAGCCAAUCAGUGUAUUAAUUAAAGGUGCCAUGUUUUGAUACUACAUCUCAUGAAGUCAGCCUACUUGCAGAGCAACUGCGCUGUUAAAAUGCUAAUUAAAGAUGUCAUCCUCAUUACCUUUGCUGAAAGGAAUAAGGUCUUUGUUCUUGUGUUUUGUAAAUGUCUACAUUUGAAUUGUUAAAUGUGAAAGUCAAGGUUCGGCUUUGAAUUUCAACUUGAAUUUAUUACAUACGCCUUGCAAGGAGUCAGCCAUUGUACAGAACAUGUUAACCGUGCUUAUUCUUGAGUUUCUCACCAGACUGUAUAUACUGUAGACAGUAGUUAGAGAAGUAGCAGAACAGCUGGAUAAUUAGGAGAAAGAUAACUGAAGGAGAGGGCAUUUGUGACGUGGCAUGACUGGCCAUGCUUUCACCACAUGUUUGUUUUUGCAGUUUUAAGCUUUAGGUGAAACCAUGGGACUGUAUUUUUAUACAGGCUUCUUCUGUAUUGCAAAUAGCACUGCAGCUGAUCAAAUGGGGUUCAGGUAUUGCUUCAGGUUUAAAAAUAGCUAAUAGGUCAAUGAAGCUGCAAAAGCGAAGUUGUAAGUUUGAAUGGCGAUAAGCUAAUUUAGUCACUGUUAGUAGAAAUAAGAAGCAGAGAUGUAACAAAGUGUCAACUGCAUAAAAUUAUCGUCAGGAAAUUUUUAGUCUGUGUAUAUUCUAAUAAUUCCAAUAAAGAAUGUCUUUACACCAUUUACAUAAUCUAUAAUUACAUUUACAUAUUAAGCUUAAAGCUAAAACAUUCAUAAUAUGAUCAUAAUACAUCACAGUAACUUACCUGAAUAUUUGCAAUAUUCAAUAUGCAUAACCUGUGUGAUAGUGACAUGCUUCAAUAUAGUUUGGCUUUGGCAUUCACAUGGAUAAUCUGUUUUUCGGUCCAUCAAUACCACAGACAUUUACAGCAAAAAAUAUGCCAGUAAAUUGGCUUAGGUACCAAGGCUUAAUCGUGGAUAAGGAAAUCUCUUUUUCCACUAUGUAAUUUUAGUUUUUUAAACAUGUGUAAGCAUUCAUUCUGUGUAAGCCAGUUACUUUUUUGUCUUCAAAAGAUUUGCAAAUCACCUACAGCUAAUAGAAAAGCCUUUCCCCCCUGACAAAAGUCACUUCCUCUCUAAGAAAACCAAGUAAAAAGUAAAAUAAAUGUACACAAUUUAUGCAAAGACACAAAAAACUAAUAAAUAUUUCUAAAUGUAUGGGAUAGGGAGGUUCGAAAAAGCAUUUGGUUUUCCAGUCAGUAUGACAUAUAUCUUGUGUGUCAGACGACAAUUUUUAUUUUGGUGCAAAUUUAUAUGCAAGAUGUAAAAAGCCUGGCUAGAAGCAAAACCUUUAGUGUUGACACAUUUGCAUGUUUGAUAUAUUACUGCUCCCCGUUAUCUCCCGAAUUGCCAUUAUUACUGUAAUCCUAACCAUAUAUAUAUAUAUAUAUAUAUAUAUAUAUAUAUGUUUGUUCAAGACUCAGAACAACUGCCCUCUCCUUUAUUUUCUUUCUUCUGCUUCAGGUAGACCGGAAGAAGAACUAGGCAGUUUAUUUCAUUUUUUAAAAACCAGGUCAUGGAUUUUGUCCACCUGACUUGAAACCGAACAAGUAGCCAUUGUUCUAUAUCUGCAGUUUGGCAGCAUGGACUAUGUCUAUUUCGGAGGGUGUGUAUAUAGUGCUUCAAAUGACACUCAAUAGUACAGAUGUACAGGUUUUUAUUCAUUGCUCUUGAUAUGUAUGAAGAUAAUUGUAUUGUUUUUUGAAUGCAUCAACAGGGAGUUUUGAAUUAUGAACAAUGAAAUAAUGACAUGCUAAAUAAAGUAAUUAAACUGGAA